GGUUCGGUGGUUUUAAGCUUUCUUCCAUCAUCAUAAUCUUCAUUCGCCUACAACUCCAUACCCAAUACAACCGCCCGAGAACCCGUAAUUCCACUUUGCGUCCUGGAUAUUCUGUACCUCUUUUAUUUCACAUAUAAUAAAUAUCGAAACAUCCAGGAACCAUGGCGGACGCAGCUCUGAAGCCCGAGAAGGACUUCAGCAAGGAAGCUGAUACACAGAUUAACGAAGCAGAGAAGCUUGCUAAGAACGACAUCCCAGCAGCCAUCGAGAAGCUUACCAUAUUCGAAAAGCAAACCCGACAGGCGUCCGAUCUUGCCUCGACAUCACGAACCCUAAUUGCGAUAUGUACGAUUUGCAAAAAUGCUGGGAACUGGAGUUUACUCAAUGACCAGGUCUUGGUACUCUCCAAGAAGCAUGGCCAGCUCAAACAGGCCAUUACCAAGAUGGUCCAAACCGUCAUGGCUUUCCUCGAUGAGACCCCGAAUCUAGAUACCAAGCUUACCGUCAUCGAGACUCUGCGCACCGUGACCGAGGGCAAGAUAUUCGUUGAAGUUGAGCGGGCUCGCGUGACCAAGAUCUUGUCGGACAUCAAAAAGCAACAGGGAGACCAUAAAGCCGCCAUGGAAAUUCUAUGCGAACUGCAGGUAGAGACGUUCGGAUCUAUGGAGAGGCGCGAGAAGACAGAGUUCAUACUGGCCCAAGUUGCUCUGUGCAUUGAGAACAGUGACUUUACGCAGGCCGGUAUUCUCAGUCGCAAGAUCAGCACCAGAUAUCUAUCACGAAAGCCUAAGAAGACCCCGGAACAAAUAGAGAAAGAGAAGAAGGUCCGGGAAGAGAAGUUGAAGCGUGGCGAGGAAGUGCCCCCGGAGGUAGAAGACGACACCACCGACUUGAAGUUGGCCUACUACGAACAGCAGAUUACAUUGGCAAAGCAUGAUGACAAAUAUCUCGAUGCUUGCAAGCACUACAGACAAGUGCUAGACACCGAAGCUGUCGAAGAGGACCCUUCAAAACUUCAGCCCGUCUUGCAACGUAUCAUUUACUUCGUUAUACUCGCUCCCCACGACAACGAACAACACGACCUUCUCCAGCGCAUUUUCCGCGAUACAAGAAACUCACAAAUCCCCGUUGAUGCGUCGUUACUCAAGCUGUUCACCGUACACGAACUCAUGCGAUGGCCCGAAGUUGCUAAGCAAUAUGGACCCCAUCUAUGCGGAACUGACAUUUUUGAUGAGCGCCCGAAUCAAUCUAAGGACGAAAAGGCUCACCAGCGAUGGCAGGACCUGCGUAAGCGAGUCAUUGAGCACAACGUCAGAGUUGUUGCGAAGUACUAUACUCGUAUUGGCAUGAAGCGCCUCACUCAACUACUUGACUUAACAGAGGAUGAGACGGAGAAGUAUAUCAGCGAGCUGGUAUGCUCCAAGACAGUCUUUGCUCGCAUUGACCGACCGGCCCGCAUAGUUAGUUUUGCCAAGCCUAGGGAUGUUGAUGAUAUCCUUAAUGAAUGGAGCCACAACAUGAAGAGUCUGCUCGGUUUGUUAGAGCGUGUUGAUCAUCUCAUCACCAAGGAAGAGAUGAUGGCUAGGAUUCAACCUGGCGCAAAGGAGGGUAAAGAGAAGAAGGGCAAGAAGAAGGCAUGAGCUUGAAUUAUUACAUGCGGGCUCUUAUUAAGGGGAGUUAAUUCUUUCGGAGCCGGAUAUGGCUUGGUUUUCGAGAGGCACAGCACAGGUUUGCAUCAAAAGGCAUGCGAAUGUACAAUA